AUGAAGAGGCGCGCCUCCGUCCCCUUCUUCCCGCCUGCUCGUGCCAUUCUUUUGCUUGGACUCUCUCUUUCCCCUCCCAUGGAGCAGAGUCGAGCAAGCCGGUGGAAAUCUAGCGCCGGCCAUCUCCUCUUCAUGGUUGAUGUGGCGCAGAGCCGAGCAAGCAGAUCUGGCGCCGGUGGAGAGCAUAGGGUGGCGCGACUCCGGCAAAGGAGGAAACGGACGCGGGGGCAGCCAGCGCAGCGGCAAGAUGGCGUCCAGGCUUACGUCGUCGCCGCCUUCGACUUCCUCGUCACUGUCGUCGCUGCCGCCGCCGAUUUCCUUCCCAACGCUGCCUCCAGCGGCCUCGCUUGCUCCGACGACUUCCUCACCUGCCCUGCCUCCACUUUCUUCACCUGCGCCGCCAACUUUGACCGCGGCCACCGCAAGGAGCAGGAUGGGGGCCAUACCCCCAAUUUUCCAUCUCAACAUGGAAACCAACAAGCCCCAAAUCCAUGGUAA